UUGAGACUGCACCGGAGAUGCUGACAGCUACCUUCAGUCCACAUUCUCUGUCUGAAGAGAGAACCGGGACCAUGAGGAGUUUUCUUGUCUGGACUUGGAUUCUUCUCCCAGGCUGUUGGGCUCUGACCAGCCCUAGGGAGGUGAGCGGCCCCUUGGGAGGGUCGGUGUCUGUGCAGUGUCAGUACAAUGAGAGGUACCAGAACAAUACAAAAUACUGGUGCAGAGGAAAAGAGUGGUUAUUCUGCUCCAUAGCUGUUCAGAUCAUCAGUGCAGAGGCCGAGGUGAAGCAGGGCAGAGUCUCUAUCCAAGACAAUCGCAUACAGUGCACGUUCAUUGUGACUAUGGAGAGCCUGGAACUGGGCGACCAGGAUGUUUACUGGUGUGGAAUAGAGAUGGUCGGCCUUGACCAGAUGUUUGCUGUCAACGUGUCUGUUUUCCCAGCUGUUCCUACCUCACCACUGACAACACCAAAAAAGGACGUGACCGUUGCCACCUCCCCAUGGACUGUUCCUGAAGUGGAAAAAUCCACCUCCUCCUUUAACAGUAAUCAUGCUCCUGCCGGAUUUCCAAGCACUUUACAAAGGAGUAUACCAAACCUCAUCCUCUACAUCCUGAUCCCAUCCAUGUUGCUGGUUCUGCUUUUGAUUUUGUUCAUUGCUGUAAAGUUUAGAAGAGCAUUGCAGAGGAGGAGAAAAGCCCUUGAGGACACACCAGGACAAAAGGAUAAGAACGCCUAUCUCUAUAACCCGAAUCCUGGGCACAACUCUCCCUUCAGUGCAUCAGAUCCUGCUGCCACGGGCCAGAUGGCAAUCUAUAUGAACGAGCAACACCUGCCCAGCUCAGCCGAUCUGGCGUCUGACUAUGAAAACAUGAUCCCGCAGAGGAGUCAGGUUUCAGGACAGAGAAAAGCAGUUUUUUCUGGCCCACAGAACUGCUCAGCCACAGAUCAGCAGGACACCUACGUCAAUAUGUACUCAGUCACACCCCGUCCCCCCAUGAUUUGUCAUCAAGCAAAGUGUGGGAGAAAAGCUGCAGGCUGAAGCCCUUCCUACUCACAGGAUAUUUAGCAGCUCAUCCUUAUUUUCCUGCUGUCCCAUGAAAUCUUCCAGACUGGCAUUCCCUCUGCCCUCCUUCAGCUGAGCAAUCUGACAGCAGCAAGAUGUGGUGGGGAGGUCCCAUUUCCAGCACGAUUGUCUUCAGAAAUGUACCGGGGGCCAACAGCUACUACAAAGUACUUCUCCUUUCCUGGACAUCAGCUUGAAACAGCACAAAGUCUUGGUGGCUCCGGUUCCUCAAGGGCUGGAGGUAUUCCUCUGGUGCUCGUUGUGGCAUCUCUUUGCUGCACCACCACAUAAUUGCUCAUAAAACUCACUUGGUGCAAAGGAGCUUGGUUCUGGGGUCAGAACCUUAGGAUGAUGAGACAACUCUUUAGCUGGAGGUGAUGUGGGGAACAGGGCCUCAGGGAGGCUGAGGAACAGAAGCUUGGUGAGAUGAGGGUGUGGAAAUAACAAUGGGAAGACGAGGCAGAAGGAAACAGCUUUGUCCUUCAUUUCUCCAGCCAGCGUGGAGUUAAUUGUGCUGGAAUAUUUUUACCCCCAAUCCCGUGUUAGCACAGUGGCUUAGAACAAGAAGGGCACAUGGAUUCCCGCAUUUUAUAUAGGUUAUAGUGAAAAGAUUGAGAGCCCAUUCCCAGAUGUUCUUUUUGGACAUCUUCCUCUUUGAUCCUAAAAACCCCGUGGGACACAUCUAAAGAAUCUGGACACCAGACCAUUAUCAUUCGGGAGUGUAGGAACAGGAGUGUUGUAUGAAAGACACGAGAGAUAAUGGUCCCACUCUACCUGGCACUGGUUAGCCCCGAGCUGGACAUUGUGUCCAGUUCUGGGGGCUACGCUUUAGGAAAGAGGUGGACAAGCUGGAGAGAGUCCAAAGAGCAACAAAAAUGAUAAAAGGUUUAGAAAAAUCUCACCUCAGAGGAAAGAUUAAAACCACUAGGUGUCGUUAGUUGUGAGGAAAAAAAAGCAGGUGAGGAAUCAAACUUCAAAUACGUUAAGGGCUGUUAUAAAAAGUAUAGAAAUCAGUUGUUCUCCAUGUCCACUGAAGGCAGGACAAGAAAUAAAUGGGCUUAAUCUGGAGCAAGAGAGAUUAAGUUUAGCCUGUCUACACUGGGGGGUGGGGGGGGGGAGUGUAGACAUACCCUUAGAUAGUAGGAAACUAUACGGAUAGUUAAGAAGUGGACUAGGUUACCAAGGGGGGCUGUGGAAUCCUCAGCAUUGGAAGUUUUUAAGAACAGGUUGGACAAAAACCUGUUAGGGAUGGUCUAGGUUUACUUGGUCCUG